AUGUGGUCGAACAUCAGUGCUGCCCCUUUUCUACUUACUGGCUUUCCAGGUCUGGAAAUGUUUCAUCCAUGGAUUUCCAUCUCCUUCUUUGUCAUCUAUGUGUUCAUAGUCCUUGGCAAUGGCACCCUCCUCAUCCUUAUCAGAGAGGACCACUCUCUUCAUGAGCCCAUGUACUACUUUCUGGCCAUAUUGGCAGCCACAGACCUUGGUGUGACUUUGACAACAAUGCCCACUGUGCUUGGUGUCCUGUGGCUGGAUCACAGGGCGAUCAGCCAUGGGGCCUGCUUUUUCCAAGCCUAUCUAAUCCAUUCACUCUCUGUUGUGGAAUCUGGAGUCUUACUUGUCAUGGCUUAUGAUCAUUUUAUCGCCAUCUGCAAUCCCUUGAGAUACACCUCCAUUCUCAACAAUGCUAAGGUGGUGAAAAUAGGUCUAGGGAUUAUAAUGCGAGGAUUUAUACUUAUUGUGCCCACAGUCAUCACCCUUUUUGGAUUCCCCUACUGCAGAUCCCAUGUCCUCUCCCAUGCCUUCUGCCUGCAUCAGGAUGUGAUCAAACUGGCCUGUGCUGAUAUCACUUUUAAUAGACUCUAUCCUGUAGUCCUGGUUUCGAUAAUUGGUUUUUUAGAUUCUAUACUUAUCCUUGUAUCUUAUAUUUUAAUCCUGAAGACUGUCAUGGGAAUUGCUUCUGGUAAGGAGCAGGCUAAGGCUCUAAAUACUUGUGUUUCCCAUAUUAGCUGUGUUCUGGUUUUUUAUGUCACUGCGACUGGGUUAACUCUCAUUCAUUGAUUUGGGAAAUAUGUGCCACAUAUAGUACAUAUUAUUAUGAGCUAUGUCUAUUUCCUUUUCCCCCCAUUUAUGAAUCCAAUAAUCUAUAGUAUUAAAACCAAGCAGAUACAGAAUGGUAUCAAACGUCUUCUCUCUUCCCGUAGAAUUUGA